AUGUUGUCCGUUAUGUGUGGAAUUAUUUUGUUGAACACCGGCUUUGUGGAGUCUUCGUACAACACAGUUUUGAAGAAAUAUGAUGUUCAACCAUUGGUGGAACAAGCCGAUGAAGACGAUGUUUCCACGUGGACCGGGCUGAAGAAGAUUCACCUCCUGACCUCUCAAGCGCACUUUGAACUCCUCGUGAAUAUGAAAAGGUACACCAAUGGAACGGGUUACGCUUCCUACAGCAGAUUUCGUGUGCCCGACGAGACUCAAAACUUCCGACUCUUACUGGGCACGUUCAAGGGGAAUGCCGGUGACUCCUUGGCUUGGCACAACGGCUUGGAGUUUUCCACAUAUGACCGAGACAAGGACUACAACAAGGUGAACUGUGCUGCCUCAUACCAUGGGGCCUGGUGGUACCAUGGUUGUCAUAACAGCAAUCUCAAUGGGCUAUAUGUUCAUGUGAAGGAGAAAUCCCAGGAAAAUACUUCAUCAGUCACGUGGUACCAUUGGUCGUCUAAAUAUCUCCCUCUUCAGUUCAGCGAGAUGAAAAUACGCCCGGUCAAUAUCCACUAA